AUGUUCGCUAAAAUUUUCGCCUUCGCCGUCUGCCUUUUCGGCCUAGCCCAAGCUGGAGCUCUCUACACCGGAGUCGGUGCAUACGCCCCUGCCACCUCCUAUGUCUCCAGAAUUGACAACAACGGUGCCUGGAACGGUAUAAACGGUGCCUGGAAUGGCAUCAACGGUGCUUGGAACGGUUACAACGGUGCCUGGAACGGCAUCAACGGUGUCACGAACCCUGGUGUCCUUGGUGGAUACGGCUAUGGCGCCUACAACGGAUGGUAA